CCGGCCCGGGCCCGGGCGGUGCCCGGUAGCCAUGGCAACACAGAGCCAAACGUCAUUCCCGUGCGCCCCAGCCCCCGCGGGGUGAGGCGCUUCCGGCGCGCGGCCUACACGUCAUCGCCGCGCGCCGCGCCGCGGGGAGGGGUCGGGUCGGGUCGGGCCGGGCCGGGCCGGGCCGAUGGGGGCCGGGGCGGCGGCGCCGGGCGAUGGCGGGUGAGGCGCAGGCGGCGGCGCGGAGCGGCGGGGCCCGCGGGCCGGCGGCAGCAUGAGGCCGGCGCACGAGCGGAGCCAGGAGUGCCUGCCCCCCAAGAAGCGCGACCUGCCCGGCGCCGCCAGCCACGACGCGGCGCGCCCGCCCCUCGGCGCCGCCAACCACGCGCCGCCCGGCGACGGCCCCGCCUGGGCCCGGGGCGCGGCCGCGCGCAGCCCCGCGCCGCCCCCGCCGCCCUCGCGCUACGGGCCGGCCGGGGAGGGCGCGGGGCCGGGGCCGGGGGCCGAGGCGGGGCCGCCGCUGGAGCCGUACGGGCUGCUGUACAAGGUGGCCGUGCCGCCCGCCGCCUUCCCGCCGCCCGUGGUGAGCAUGAGCCCACUGCCGCCCGCCUUCGGCGUGGCCUCGUCGCUGCUGCCGCACGCAGGCGUGCCCUACCCGCCGCUGCACUACGCCCAGCUGCCGCCCGCCUCGCUGCAGCUCGUGGGCCCGCACUACACCGUGCCCUACGCCGUGCCGCCCGGCUUCCUGCCCGGCCCCCUGCUCUCGCCCUCCGCCGGCCUGGGCGCCUCGCACGUGCCCCACUUCGUGCCAUACACCUCUCUGCUGACCGAGGAAGCCGCCGCUGCCGCCGCCUCCCCUCCGACUACCUCUCCCGCCCACGCCUUCAGCAAGCCUGCCUCUGCCCUCUCCCCCUCCAGCCAGGUCCAGCACCAUGCUGGCGCCCAGCCUUUGGACAUAGCCCAGGGGAGGCUUCCUGUUUAUUACCACAUGUCCCGGCUGCCCCCGGGCUUCUCUGCGUACGAGAUGUCUGCUGCCGCUGGAAGCCCGGAUCCUCCCGCGCAAGAGAAUCAGCUGAAUUCGGACGCAGCGUCUGCCAAUGGCGGGCAGAGACAUCUAGAGCAUCACGUGGUGCGGAGGACUGGCGAGGCUGUGGACUGUGCCAGCAGCAAAGCCGAAGCCCAGCUGUGUGGGGCGGCCGUGGAGUGCGUGUUGGAUGGACAGUUCCUUUCAGGUUACCAGACUCUGAGAGCAGAGGUCUCUGUGCCAGCUCACAGAAGCACCCCGGAUACUGACCUGGAGGUACAGAGGGUGGUUGGGGUGUUGGCCUCUCAGGAUUACCCGAUUCUGGCAGCCCAGAAGAAGGAUGGCCUGAGCCCUUUAAACCUUUGCCAUAACAUCCCUGAUCAGCAAGGGGAGUCUGGGGACUUGUGGAGGAGUCCCAUGGAGGCGGCUGCUGCUGCUGCAGAGAAGAGCCAGCCCAGGAGCCCAUAUGCAAUGUCCCCCGAGGAGCCAGCCAGAUACAGACAGCUAACCAAAGGAAUGGCGAUAGCCAACGGCAAGCCGGUUUUAGUGCCGGUCGGGUCCGAGCCCAUCAGGUCUUCCUCCUCAGAGACCCUGAUACGGCAGAGUCCCAACACACUGGCCCGGGGGAACAUGCUGGACAAGGAUUUGGGCCCGGUGCAGCCCCCCAGCUCCUCCCAUCUGCCUUCCCAUUUCAUGAAAGGAGCCAUCAUCCAACUGGCCACCGGAGAGCUGAAGCGGGUGGAAGAUCUGCAGACCCAGGACUUUGUGCGCAGUGCAGAGGUGAGCGGGGGCCUGAAGAUCGACUCCAGCACAGUCGUUGAUAUCCAGGAGAGCCAAUGGCCUGGGUUUGUCAUGCUGCAUUUUGUAGUGGGGGAGCAGCAGAGCAAAGUGAGCAUCGACGUGCCCCCAGAGCACCCCUUCUUCGUGUAUGGCCAGGGCUGGUCCUCCUGCAGCCCGGCGCGGACUGCCCAGCUCUUCGCCCUGCCCUGCCACAGGCUGCAGGUGGGGGAUGUCUGCAUCUCCAUCAGCUUGCAGAACAUGAAUGGCAACUCUGCUUCUCAGGCGACCUGCCCUCCCGCGACCCAGCUUGUGCCUGCCAGGGAGCGAGCUGACAGAAUGGUGCAGGGGUCCAGAGAGCACCCCCCUGCACCUCUGCACAGUGAGAGGAAGAGCCAGGCAGAAAGGGACAGCGCUGCCCACGCUGCCUGUGCGGAGCCCUCCCAGCCUGAGCCGGGUGGCCAGCACAGCUGGACAGCCCCCAACUUCCAAAGAUGUACCACGCAGGGGGAGGAGCCCCGGCCAUCCCUGCUCCGUCCCUCCUUCAUCCCCCAGGAAGUGAAGCUGUCCAUUGAAGGGCGCUCGAAUGCCGGGAAGUAACGCUGCGAGGCCCUCACCUGGGUCAUGCCCCUGGCUGAGCCCCCCUUUGUCAGGUGGAGAUUUUGCACAGACUGAGCGACGGGUUGACCGGCGAGGCUGCUGUCUGCCUGCAGAGCUGGUUCGGUUCCUGUUCAGUCACUGAUCAGAUCCUCUCCUGGAAUCCAGAGGGCUCCAGUGCCUCAGGGAGCAGCAGCAACAGGCGAGUUAGGGAUGGAGGAUGGGGGAUGUGGUCAUGGCUGUGUGGCCACAAGCAUUCCAGAGCUCGGGGCUCUCGCACGCCCCUGAGUGCCUGAGCGUCCUGCAGGCCGGGGAUGGAGCACUCGGGGGUGGGGGCGGGAGGGGCGGACCCAGGAAGCCACAGCCCAAGGUAGCAGAUACAGUAUCGGAAGUGUUUGUUCCUCUCUAUGGUGGUGGGGAGCUGGGUCCCUGCGGGGGCCAGGGGCACCGCUCCCAGCCUCCCCACUUUUCACACAUGCACUUUAAAAGGACACUUCGUCACAUGUUGAGCUCUUGGGGUGGGGGCAGGUGUUUCUCCGACAGCCUCUCCCUGACAUGUCUCCUCCACUCAGUCCCAUGGGACUUUCUGCUAGCAAAACCCCUGCAAGCGUUGAAGGAAACCAGAGAGGGAGGGCCAGGUUGGGGAGUGGGGUGUGGGCAAGUAGGGGCCUCAGGCAGCUGUGCUGUGGCAGGAGGUAUUGGUAGUUCCUGUGAUAACGCCAAACGCAAUUACUUGCCACCGAAUCUGAGUCCGAUGGUUGUGUUUCCUAGUGGCAGGUGCUAUAGCAAAGGAGCCGGCGAGGCUGCAUUUCAAACCUCCCUUCGCAUGUGCUUGCUUCCAAGGAAAAAUCCCUCUGGCUCAGAUGUCCCAUUCCUGGGCUCAGCUGCAGGCAGGCUUCUGGGCAGCUGGAGCAGCAGCGAGCGUGAGAACCUGUCCUUCCACUGGGGAGCACGAAACUGCAGCCGAGGGAAGUCUGCCCGGUGGCUGCUCGCCCCCUCCAGGCGAAGUCCCCAGAAAAGUUACAGACAUGGAAGAGCCACGUCUAGGCCAGGCAUUCACUGCCACCAGUCAUUCAGGAGUGUUCAGAGUAGCGUUGCCACCCCUUGGGCCAUGUCAUAGGUGUCUUUGUGCCGGCUGUGCUGGGGCUUCUUCCCUGGGUGCCAGUGCCGAGCCACCCCACAGAAUGGAGACCAGUCAUGGGGAAGGUGGACAUGGGCUGAAGCUGAGGCAUCAUUCAGGGAUAACGCUGUACGGGCAGCACUCAGUCAUGCCGGCAGCCUUGCAUGGAGCUGCCUCGGAUGGCAUGGGUGUAGGGGUCAAGAAAGGACAAGACCCAGGCAUUGUCUGUGCAGGAGUAGACAUUGUGUGGUGUUCAGGUUGUCAGCUGUGUCCAGAUCCUGCUGCUGAGGGUGGGUGUCUCUUGGAGGGCACAUGCCCUGAUCCCCUUGCUGGGAUUCUGCUGCUCUCACCCUAGUUCUGUUACCACUCUGUUGUUUUCAACCCUGGGCUUGUCUCCUGCUUGGAGGCACCACCCUGCCUGGGCAGGGCGCUCAGCACCCCCUGAACCUCUGAUCUGUCCCAUGUUGUUUUGCAACACUGGUUGCAGCUGUUCCUGGGAGCUUGUUAAUAUUCACUCAAAUCCCCCUUGAUGUGCCUCAGACUGAGCUGGCCCUGGUGCUUCUACAGUACACGGGAGCCCAGUGCCCAGAGCAUGUCCCCUCCCACAUGCCUGUCUCCUGCCUCCAGCCCUAGGGCCCCAAAACACUCCUGGACACGGUUUCUGUUGUUUCCAAAGUAUCAGCACCCGCCUCUCCCCAGGCGAGCAGUCACAUUCCCUGCCGUAUUGGUCCUAAAAUCAGGAGAGUAUCGCAAGCCUUCAUGCCUGUGGCCUUGCCCAGGCACAGGUGCUGACUCUGCAGCUUCCCAGGUCAGGCCACCCGUCCUUGUAAUCCCAUGGUCUAAAGCCUCAGUGACCUUGCCUGAGCUUCCUGUCCCCUGGGCAGCAGCAGCAAAGAGGUAGCCGCCUGCCCUGUACUGCACCAUUUGGUCCAGGUGCCCAGCUUGUGCCUAAACAUUGUCCCUCCUGUUCUGCUUGCAGCUUGUAGGCCUGCUGUGUCACAGGUAGGCAGUUGGCCUGUGGCUUCCGGCAGUCUAAGGCAGGGGACUAAGCAAGGGAGAAUGUAACCAUGGCAUGGCUGUAGUGGUAUGGACAGAGACUUGUGGUUGUGUGCAAGGUGUGAGCACAGGGACUGAUUGUGCACAGAGGUGACCCCUCUGAGGGCCUCUGAGCUCAAAAUGCCUCUACCCCCCACACUGGUAGUGUGAGGGCCUUGGUGUUGGAUGUUGGCCCCUGUCUCCUCUGCUUGGUGCCCCCUGCUCACAGGGCAGGGCUCUGGACAGAGGGGGUGGUGGCCUCUGCACUUCCAGCUGCUAGUGGGUGCAGUUGCCCCUUGCCAUCGUGGCCCGCUGCCUGCCCGUGCCUAGGGGGAGGCGCUGCUUAGAACUAGCUGCAGGAAGCUGUAGUGGACGUGACCCUUCUCGCUGCUGCUCUGCUCCCCCAGCCAAGGCCCGUAGCCAGAAGGUGGGUUCCAGCUGCCACCCGUGCAUGGCAUCAGCACCAGGGCCCCGAGCAGGAAGGACGCUGAGGCCUGGCAAGCAGUGGGAUCUCCUCUCCGUGGCUCAGGCCAGGCUGCAAGGCAUCCGUGUCACCUUUCUGAGAGAGGGAGCUGGGUGUGGUGUGCGGAGGGCAGGAGUCUGAGGUAGCAAGGGAGAGGCUGUCGAAUGGGCUGGCCGCAGCUUGUCCAUGGCACUGGCAUGCUGAGCUUCCCAGAGCAAUAAGUGUUUUUCCUGCUGUUACACUACGGAGGGAAGGGGCAGCUGGCAGCUCAUGCCCAGCCCCUGGCUGGUCUCUUCUGCCCGGCGCGUGGGGAGGCAGUGGAAGCUCCGCAGUCUGCAAUAACGGGGUCUGCCGCCCUCCUUCCCUUCUCCCAAGACAUUCCAUGGUCCUUUCCCCACUGGGGCCAGGCCUGCUCCUAGGGCAUGCAGGCCCGUCACUGAGCACAGGGCAAGGUCCAAGCGGCAGAGCUCUCAUCACUACCCGACUAUGCAGAGGAAGCCCUGGCUGGGAAGGGGGUGCCGCUGGGCGCCUGCCACCCUUCCCGGCGGGGAGCGCGUACAAUGCACUUUCACACUGAGUGUUCUUUCCCCAGUAGAGAACUAACACCCCGCCUGGAAUAGGAGCAUCCUGGCCACGGCGCUCCCAGGGCCACAGCAGCACGUGCCUUCCCCAGUGCCCCGCGCAGCUGCUGCCAUCUCAGGGCUGCCUGUGCUUGCAGAGGCAGCUGCUGCGAUGUCUCCCAGCCCCCUGCUCUGUGGUCCUGGCCUGCGUACUGCAGCCAGUAUGCUGAGGGUGGGGCCCCUCCACUGCCGGGGCAUGCACGGAGGAGGGGGCACGAGCCCCGGGACCCUGCUCCAGCUCGGCCCGGCUGCUCCCCGCUCCCACAGCACCUUACGGUCGGGGCCAGCUCCGCACCAACAGGUUCACGGGCUGGAGACGCAGGGAAGUGCACACUAGGGAGGUGGGUUGGGCUGCCCCGUGGCUAGGAGGUCUGUGUAGAUACAUACUGAUCCCUCAACUAUAACCCCAGUUAUGUAAUGGCUGUAUUAACAUGUAACCAACUGCAUUGUAUCUAAAGCCUUAGAACUAGUCAGGUGCUCCCCUCCACCGUGCCCCUGCCUCUUCCUACCUGAUCUUUAACAAAGCAUUAAUACUUCUGAGGAUAAUCUCUAUUUUGUUGUGCUUUUUUUUGUAACUGUUUUAAAUAAAUCAAUUUGUACUGUAUAUUUGUACUUUUGGUGAGAUCCUUUCUCCUGUUUUACCAUUUUAAGUCUGUACUUGGCUACACACAGAUUGUAUUUUUAUUGUUAAUGCUCUUAUGAAUAUUGCAUUUAACUUGUUGGCUAUGUAAACACAGUAUAUAUCUAUAUCUCUAUAUAUAAACCAAUAGCUUUUCCUUU